ACGGGAUCACCAGGUAGUCUGCCCUUCCAACACCAGAAUGCUCGCUCGCUCGCUCUUCUCCGGUCGCCGCGCGCUGCUGCGCAACACCCGCUCGCUCCACAUCGCUAAUGACAUGACCGAUCUCAUUGGCAACACGCCGUUGGUCUAUUUGAACCGCGUGACCGAAGGUUGUCACGCCAAGAUCGCCGUCAAGUGCGAGUUCAUGGAGCCCUGCGCCUCUGUGAAGGACCGUAUCGGUCUGAGUAUGAUCCUGGACGCCGAGAAGUCCGGCCGUCUGGACAAGGAGACGCACAUCAUCGAGCCCACGUCGGGCAACACCGGUAUCGGUCUUGCCUUCGCAGCCGCCGUGCAUGGCUACAAACUAACGCUAGUUAUGCCUGACACGAUGUCGAUGGAGCGUCGUAUCUUGCUUAAAUCAUUUGGCUGCAACGUGGUCUUGACUCCGGGUGCUAAGGGCAUGACUGGAGCCGUGGCCAAGGCAGAAGACUUGGUUAAGACGGAGAUUGGCAAGGCCUUGACACUCGGCCAGUUCGACAACCCGGCCAACCCCAAAAUCCACUUCGAGACGACCGGCCCGGAGGUCUGGCGUGACACUGACGGACAGGUGGACAUUUUUGUCUCCGGUGUGGGUACGGGCGGCACUUUGACAGGCACGGCCCAGUACUUAAAGCCAAAGAAGGCCAGCAUUAAGAUCGUUGCCGUCGAGCCUGAGGAGAGUCCGGUGCUGUCGGGCGGCAACCCGGCGCCCCACAAGAUCCAGGGCAUUGGCGCUGGGUUCGUGCCUACAGUACUGGAACGCGACUUGAUCGACGAAGUCAUCACGGCCAGCAGUUCGGACGCCUUCGCCAUGGCCAAACGUCUGGCUCUGGAGGAGGGAAUCCUCGUUGGCCCGUCGUCUGGUGCCGCUGUGGUGGCUAGUCUGGAGCUGGCCAAGCGCCCGGAGAACAAGGACAAGCUCAUCGUGACGAUCCUGCCCAGUUUCGGUGAGCGCUACUUGUCUUCGCCUCUGUUCGAGAAGGAGCGAGAGUUCGCCGCCAACCUGCUCACGUCCGAGUUGCCUUAGGUCUGUUCAUGCUCGUGUGCUUGUAGCGUAAGUGUGAUGCUUUAGACAGGAUGGCGAGUCUGGCCUGGCCGUAACAAAAUAUAUACAACUCCAAGUA